UAUCAUAAAACAACAUCAACAUUUUUCACAUUGUUGAAGUAGAGCAGACCAAAACAGCAUCUCUACGUUCAUGUCUGAAAAAGCCUCCAAAAUCAAGCUCAGUUCUUUGACUUCCAUAUAGAGUAGUACAAUGGCUUUUGCUAUUUCCACUCCCACAUCGUCUUUGUUGCAUUCUUCUUCAUCAUCGUCACCCACUGGUGUCAAAAUCUUGGCUCUCUGUUCUUUCUCUAAUUCUGCAGUUUCGAUCCCUAAAAAUGCAGUCUUUCAGCAUGUUAAAUGCAUACCCCAGUUGGGUAUUACUCCUUUUUCUCAGUGGAGUGGACUUAAGCAUAUGGGCAUCUCAAUUUCACACCACUCAGUGAAGAUGGAAAGGAAGGGGAAAUGUAAAGGUAAAGGAGUGUAUGCUUCUUUAUUUGGAGUUGGGGCACCUGAGUUUCUGGUCAUUGGGGUGGUGGCUUUGUUGGUUUUUGGACCAAAAGGCCUUGCUGAGGUUGCUCGUAACCUGGGCAAAACUUUACGUGCAUUUCAACCUACAAUAAGAGAACUUCAGGAAGUCUCGAGGGAAUUCAAGAGCACCCUUGAGCGAGAAAUCGGUCUUGACGACAUUGACAAUCCAGUCCCAAAACGUUCCAGUUCUGACUCAACUAAGCCUACAUCAGAGGAUACUCCAGGGAAUUCAGGGACAAAUGUUGAACCCAAUGGUCCUCCGACGGAAAAUGCAGAAGACCCGGAUGAUGAGUCCUUAAAGUUUGCAGACCGAUUUAGAGGUACAAUGGCUCAGCUACAGAAAGAGCAGGAAGAGGAGAGACAACGAGUGGAGAGAGAGAGAGAGGAGAGAGAGAAAGCUCUAAGUCUGGCAGAACCGGAAACUCCUUCUCAAGGUACUCCUCAAGCACUGGAUGCUGCCCAAGAAGCUUCUCCAGUAACUCCUCUCUCUGAGAAUCCUGACAGCAAUGCUCUUCAAGAAGCUGCCUCAGUAGUGCCCACGGGCCCAUCUCCAAAAACUGAAGCCGAAGUUUGAAGCUUUGAAACAAGACUUUUCGAAUCGAUGUAGAACUUGUAGCGCGACAGCCCUUUCAGAUAUCUGCCUUGAGCAAUAAUGAGUUGAGGAUUUUUGACUCUCAUUCUAGCAGAUAGUAAGUAAUGUUGUGCUUGAACAAUUCCUUGUCGAUGAAGCUUUUCAAAUUGCUUCUACUUUAGAUAUCACAGACGAUUGUAUUACUGCCAGAAUUCACCAAUAAUUGCUUCGUACUUCUCUGGUUC